UCUUCAUGCGUUGUUGGCUUCGUGUGUGCGUCGUGGGCUUCGUGUUCACAUAAAGUGACUUACACGCCACUUUCUUCGCCCAAUUAUCUUCUUUAUUAUAAUUUCUUUAUUUUUGGAUUUCUCUCUGUUCUCUGCUCUCCUCAUUCACACUGACUCCACUUGGGUUGAUGAGAAAUUCAAUGCCAUUUAUCAUACGACGCUGAUGCUCUCUAUAUAUGUGUGAUAUUAUUCAACACUCAAUAAUGUGCAUUUAUUACACCUCUGAAGAAACGGGUGUUUGGCCAUUUUGAUGUUGAUCGACAUUCAUUUUUCAAGCUGAAGAGAUCUGUAGCACUACCGAUGGCAUCAUCAUCGUCUUCUUCUUAUUCCUCAUUCAUGCAUUUCUACAAAUGCUUUGCUCGCAUCUGGUUCGGUCUCUUGCUUGCUCUCCUACAGAAUUCUGAAGGAAGAGCUGCCACAGGUUCACAGUAUUUGAUUGGGCUCGGGAGCUACGAUAUAACUGGACCCGCUGCCGAUGUCAAUAUGAUGGGAUACGCGAUGCUUAGCCAGAUUGUUUCUGGAGUGCACUUCAGGCUGCAGGCACGCACGUUCAUUGUUGCUGAGCCUGGAGGGGAUCGGGUUGCUUUUGUGAAUCUUGAUGCAUGCAUGGCGUCUCAGCUUGUUACAAUCGAAGUGCUCGAGAGGCUGAAAUCUAGGUAUGGAGGCAUAUACAAUGAACGAAAUCUGGCAAUCAGUGGAAUUCAUACUCAUGCUGGGCCUGGUGGUUACCUUCAAUAUGUGGUGUAUAUUGUUACAUCUCUUGGAUUUGUAAGACAGUCAUUUGAUGCUCUUGUUGAAGGAAUUGAGCAAAGCAUCAUACAAGCUCAUGAAAAUCUCCGGCCUGGAUCGAUAUUUGUGAAUAAGGGAGAGAUCCCUGAUGCUGGUAUUAAUCGCAGUCCUAGUGCAUACCUCAAUAAUCCUUCUGCAGAGCGAAGCCAAUACAAGGAUAACAUCGACAAAGAAAUGACAUUACUGAAGUUUGUCGAUAAUGAAUGGGGUCCUGUAGGUAGCUUUAACUGGUUUGCGACACAUGGAACAUCAAUGAGCAAUACAAAUUCCUUGAUAAGUGGUGACAACAAAGGGGCAGCUGCACGUUUCAUGGAGGAUUGGGCUAAACGGAAGGGUUUCCCAUCAGGGUUCGACAGCAUUGGCAGCACUCAAAAUGGGCUUCCACGGAGAGUAUCUGGCAUAAUACCUCACUUGAAUGAGAACUUAGAUGAACUAAAGAAGCUUGCAUCCUUGUUCAAGGCAUCUCGUGGAAGGAAAUUGACAAGGACAGUGGGUUCCCCUCACCGAAUAAGGAGUGUUCUCAGGCAAGGAAACAUGCCAAAAUUCGUGUCUGCCUUUUGCCAGUCAAACUGUGGAGAUGUCAGUCCAAAUACACUGGGAACUUUCUGCAAUGACACUGGGCUUCCUUGUGAUUUCAAUCACAGCACCUGCAAUGGCAAGAAUGAACUUUGUUACGGACAUGGCCCAGGUUACCCUGAUGAAUUUGAAAGUACACGUAUCAUUGGUGAUCGGCAAUUCAGAAAAGCUACGGAACUCUUCAGUUCAGCCUCUGAGAGAGUUACCGGGAAAGUUGAGUAUCGUCAUACUUAUUUAGAUCUUUCAAAUCUUAAGGUUAUGAUUCCUUCGAGUGGUGGAGGGCAAGAAGUGGUAAAAACAUGCCCGGCUGCCAUGGGAUUUGCUUUUGCUGCAGGAACCACCGAUGGUCCUGGAGCUUUUGAUUUCAAGCAGGGGGAUGACAAGGGAAAUCCUUUCUGGAGAUUAGUGAGAAAUGUUUUGAGGACACCAAGCAAAGAACAAGUUGCCUGUCAGCAACCAAAGCCAAUUUUACUUGAUACGGGUGAAAUGAAGACCCCAUAUGAUUGGGCGCCUUCAAUUCUCCCAAUUCAGAUAAUUCGAAUAGGCCAAGUUGUCAUCCUUUCUGUACCUUCAGAAUUCACAACAAUGGCUGGCAGGCGUCUUCGGAGCGCUGUGAAAGAAGUACUCACCAAAAAUGGAGAAUUCAAUGAUAAUGUUCAUAUAAUAAUUGCUGGUCUCACAAACUCUUACUCUCAAUAUGUUACAACUUUUGAAGAGUACCAGAUUCAAAGAUACGAGGGAGCCUCCACACUGUAUGGGCCGCACACCCUCAGUGCGUACAUCCAGGAAUUCCAGAAACUCACGACUGCCCUGAUAAGCAGCCAGAGCGUCCCCUCCGGCCCACAACCUCCCAAUCUCUUGGACCAGCAGAUCAGCCUUCUCACCCCCGUCGUCACUGACUCAACUCCCAUUGGCACAAAAUUUGGGGAUGUCAGCGUCGACGUGCCUCACAACUCCACAUUCCGACCAGGCAAAACCGUCACGGCCACAUUCUGGUCUGCUUGCCCAAGGAACGACCUCAUGACCGAGGGAACCUUCGCCCUUGUUGAGAUGUUGCAUCAAGAGAGUAAUGUCUGGGUUCCAGCUUAUGAUGACGAUGACUGGUGCCUACGUUUCACGUGGUGGCGGCCUGCGAAGCUCAGUGCGCAAAGCCAUGCAACACUGGAGUGGAGAAUACCGGAGAGUGUGACCUCGGGUGUGUACAGGUUGAGGCAUUUUGGUGCUUCUAAGAGCUUGUUUGGUUCUAUAAGGCAUUUCACUGGUGCUUCUAGUGCGUUUGUGGUGCUCUAGCAAGCAAGUUUGAGGAUAUGGGCUAGUUGUUGAUGAUGAGGGAAUGUAAGCUUUUAGUGUUAUUCCUGCGUGACUACUGUGGGAGUUUUCUUUAUGGUAUAUAUUCUAGAACUAAAAAGAAUUUGAUUCUAAAUAUAAUUAUUUAUUCAAAAAGACAGCAAUAACUUUUAUU